UGUCUUCAGCGUGUUUAUAAAGGGUUCUUGCUUCUUACUACUUUGCAUCCAUUCUGCUAGGGCUACCAUGAACCUGAAAGCUGUCCUUAUUCUCUUGGCUGUGGCACUGGCUACUAUACUGGCACUGGUAGCUGUUUUGCUAUCAGGAACAGGAAAGUCUGGGCAAACUUGUAGUUCUCAGCCACAGCAUGGGAAUCUCAGAACCAAUGCUGCACAGCAGAAAAAAACAAGCAACAAAAAAUCACUAUUUCUGGACCUGACACCAGCCGAGUUUUCUGCAACCGUUGACUACCUGAAAAAAAGUCUUGGCAAAGAGUUAGUCAAUGCAGCUGAUGCGAAACCCACAGAAAAUUGCAUCUACUACAUUGAUGUUAAAUACCCUCCAAAACAACAUGCUUUAGAUUAUUUAGAUAAGGGAGGGGAAAAGCCUAAAAGAGAGGCGCUUGCUGUGGUGUUUUUUGGAAAUCAAGAGGAGCCUAACAUUACAGAAUAUGUGGUAGGUCCUCUUCCCAAUCCAUCAUACCAUAAUGACAUUACACUGGAAAAAUACAAAGUAAAGUUGCCAUAUUAUCGUCGACCUGUGAUUGGUAAGGAGUAUGUUGAUGCUUACGAUCUGGUUUACGAAAAGGAGUUUAAAACUGCACCAAAUUUUUUAAAAGCUAUUGGCUAUGAUGGAAAUAAUUUUGCUGCACUUACAACAGUUCCAAGAGGUUUCAAAUCUGGAGAUAGAAGCACCUGGUUUGUUAUGUUUCUCAAAGUAAAAGAAAGCUGUUUUGCUGUUCAUCCAGUUGGAUUGGAACUACUUCUUGACCAUAAAAGUCUUGACGUGACCAUGUGGAAAGUUAUCAAAGUGUUUUACAAAGGUGUUUAUUUUUCUAAUAUGGCUGACCUGGAGAAACAAUAUAAUUCAGGGACAGUUGAGGCCAUAAAAUUGAAAAGUGUAACACCAGAAAAUGAUGUUGGCUCUAUGAACCCUAAAGUCCAACCUGUGCCUGGUGCACCUUUUCAAUUUGACCCAUUUGGUAAGCGUUACACUGUUACCAAUAAUCAGGUUACUUUCCAGUCAUGGAAUUUUGCAUUUGGUAUAAAUGUGAACUCUGGUCUACGACUUUUUGACAUUCAAUUUAACAAUGAACGUAUUGCCUAUGAAAUUAGUACGCAAGAGGCAAUUGCUAUUUACGGCUCUAAUGCACCUGGUGGGAUGAUCACACGAUACCUUGAUGGUAGUUUUGGUAUUGGAAGAUUCUCUUUUGAGUUGGUAAAGGGUGUUGAUUGUCCUUAUCUAGCAACUUAUGUUGAUGCUCAUUAUCUCAUGGAAUCUGAGACUCCCGAAACAACAAAGAAUGCUAUAUGUAUAUUUGAACAAAAUUUGGGUGUUCCUCUUCGACGCCACUAUUCUAAUAUGCAUUCCAUGUAUUAUGGAGGACUUGCCAGUACUGUUUUAGUUGUUCGAGCUGUGUCAACACUUAUUAAUUAUGAUUAUGUCUGGGAUUUCAUCUUCUAUCAAAAUGGAGUCAUUGAAGCCAAGAUGCAUGCUACUGGAUAUAUUAGCACUUCAUUCUACUUUGCUGAGGGAAAAGAUUAUGGCUCAAGGAUUGAUGAAUACACAUUGGGAACACUUCAUACACAUUUUAUUAAUUACAAAGUGGAUUUGGAUGUUGGAGGUACUGCAAAUUCAAUCAUGACCCAGGAUAUGCAGUUUAAUCCCCUUAAUAUACCAUGGCAGCCAGAUGUGACAAUACAAAGGCCAAAGGUGGUACGUACUGUAUUAGAAACAGAAAACCAAGCUGCAUUUGAGCUGGAUGCCAAGAUGCCUCGGUACAUCCACUUCUCAAGCAAUGUGACAAAUAAAUGGGGACAUCCUCGCUCCUACAGGGUCCAGAUGGUGAGCUUUGCUGGAGAGUUUUUGCCAAAAGAAAGUCCUGUAGAGAAAGCAAUGGGAUGGGCCAGAUACAAGUUAUCAGUGACCAAACGCAAAGAUGAAGAACAUGAGAGCAGUUCCAUCUACAAUCAAAAUGAUCCCUGGAGUCCUAGUGUGAAGUUCUCUAAUUUUAUAAAUGAUGAGAAUAUACAAAAUCAGGACCUGGUUGCGUGGAUCACAGUCGGAUUCCUUCAUAUCCCUCACACUGAGGACCUCCCAAACACAGCAACUCCUGGCAAUGGGGUGGGGUUUCUCCUCAGACCCUACAACUAUUUUGAAAUAGAUCCUUCAGUGUACUCACCAGAUGGGGUUUAUUUCCAGAGCGAGCAGGAUUACAGCUCAUGUGAGGUCAACCAUAUGGCCUGUCUGUCCAAAACAGCAUCCUGUGCCCCCAAGAUCCCUCCUUUCACCUAUGAAGGCUUUAAGAAUAUUGUGAAUUUAUAAGCAAUAUAUGCAUAAAUACCUUUCAGAGAGAGCUAGACAGAAUGGGCCUGAUUCAAGUUUGUAAGUAAAGCAAAAAAAGCAAGCAACUUUCUGUCUGGAGCAAACCAUGUUGCCAGGCAACGGGAGCAAAUAAAAAAAAAAUUCUGUAUAGGGUAAAUACUGACUGCUUUUGCAUGUAGCUCACAGAUGUUAGACAGCUUUAUUUUUACACUGUAAUUUAGAUUUCAAUUUGGACACACCCCACCCAAAUCUUAAUCUCUCUGCACAUGUUAUACCUGCCCCCAGUGGCCUCACAAGGUGGGGGGGGGGGGGAGCUCCCGGGUGUCACCCACCGAGGGGUGGAGGGGUGACACCAAAAUGCCAGCUCCUACACAGUGACAGGAGCCGAGUGCUGCAAUAUUAUGUGCAGCACUCGGCUCCUGUCACUGUGUAGGAGCCAGCACUGCAGGAACAGUACCCCUGGGAGUCAGCCCUCACCUCCCACACCUCCCAGUGACAAAAAAAAGGGUGUCGGGACGCGAAGCCCCACCCCUCCCGCAAAGCCCCACCCCUUUUUGUGCCUUCAAUGGGCUAAAAAUGGGUGCCGUCCGUGAAGCCCCGCCCCUCUAUUUAAGCCCUGCCCAUUUCUGUGAAUCCCCGCCCCCUUUUUCUCGCUGCCACGCCGGGUGUUACAGAGGUGAGUGACGCCUCUGCCUGCCCCAUCUGCUGUGCAACAUGGUUUUGCCUAGUUACUUGCUUUUUUGCUUUACUUACAAACAUGAAUGAGGCCCUAUCUGUUAUUGCGCUGUUCAUCUCAUGCACUGUAUAAUACCAUCUUACCAAUAAUAACAAGGUUGAAAGGGAUCAGCUUAAACUAUUUUAAAUCUUAGUGGAAUCAAUGUAGUAAAAUAUUGUUAUAGUAGAUGUGGAAUUUGAGGUUUUCUAGAAGUUGCCACUGUCUAUGUCUUGAAGCUGACAGUUUUGCACUCAAUGUAGAUUUUGUAUGCAGUAGACCAUUUAUCGCCACCGCGCCUGCAUAUGUUGCACUAUGUACUGUACAUGCUGCAGUGAAAGUUGUAGUGAGGAUUUUUUCGCAAAGUGAGUAACAGGCCGGCAGCGUUUGUGUGAGGUAACGGGGAAGUGGCGAUUAAAACUCAAGCCUGUCACAGCCAUGUCAGGGUCAUGUCAUGAUCCCAUAGGCAGUUAGUUACAGAGGUGUCCUCAUACAUCUAGCCUUUAUAAGCCACUUAGAAUCUCAUGGGACCUGGCAUGUCGAGAAGGGCUGUUUGGAACGACUGGAACAAUGAUGUAUGAGGACACAUCUGUACGUUGGUUACUGGUGUCUCAGAAGGUCCAAGGCUGGAUGUGCGUCCGAUGGUUGUGUCUUUGUAUGCAAGCAGUGGUUCAGAGUCGCCUCCAGUGGCUGUCUCAAUACAAAUCCCAGCAGCUGUGACAUUUGCAUAUUGUCACAGAGCUGCUGCGUACACAUUUGCAGCUGCAGUGGCAUUAGCGUAGAUCUCUGAAUGAAGUCCUCAUUUUUUCUUUCUGUUAAUCCAUUCGCCUAAAAACUGCUGAAACCCAUUUGUGUAUUAGAAGCUGCUCUUUUCUCAGACCUUAGAAUCUGAUGGUAUUCUAGGGGCAUGGACUAAGAUUCAGACAUACUUGCCUAAUGCGGGAGACUCCCAGUCCCCUACACCCACAGAUGAGUGGGCAGAUUUCCCGCAUCCUGCCCACUUCCUAGUGAAAAUGGCAGGAUGAGGAGAUUAUACAGGGAAUUACAAAACCGUAUGGGGGAAGCCUGACUAAAUAACUGACAGCCCGGUCCUGCCCCCCCGGUGGCAAGUAGUACCUCUUCUCCAGACUUCUUCCGGAAAGGAGACUUAAAAAGUAGGAUUGAGAUGAGUUCCACUGAAUGACUUGUUGUGCCAUAUGCAGUGGCGGCUCCAGAGGUGUGACUGCAGUGCAGUUCAAAAUUAAAAUUGGGGAGCCACACCAACCGCCACCCUAAACGCUGCCAAACAUCGCUGGCCAGGACUUGCUGGCAGUUGGUGUAGCUCCCCUAUUUGAAUUUUGCUACAGUCGCCACUGGUCAUCAUGUGGUAUCAAAGUGGUCUCAUUACCCACCAAUAGAGGCAGCUAUUCCUACUGAACUGAAAAAGACCUAUUCUUAUAAAUAUGAAUUCAGUCUCAAGAACUUCAGCCGCCACUGUUUGUACUGUAGGUAAUAGGGGUGGUCUUCACUAUGCCGAAUGUCUGGAUCCCGGCACACAGUAUACUGGCGCCGGAAUCCCGACACCCGGCAUACCGACAUAUAUUCUCCCUCGUGGGGGUCCACGACCCCCCUGGAGGGAGAAUAAAAUAGCGUGGCACGCGUAGCGCGCCACCGAGCCCGCAAGGGGCUCAUUUGCACUCGCCACAGUGUCGGUAUGCCGGCGGUCGGGCUCCCGGCGCCGGUAUGCUGGUCGCCGGGAGCCCGGCCGCCAGCAUACCAUACUACACCCAGGUAAUAGGUAAUGUUUAACCUAGGCUUUUAGAACAAUGGGCUUACUUCGGGUGUGGUUCAUCAAAUCGACAGUGUCUAGGUCGACAGUCACUAGGUCGACAUGGAUGGAAGGUCGACAGGGUUUCUAGGUCGACACGUGCUAGGUCGACAGGUCUAAAGGUCGACAUGAGGAUUUUUUUUUUUUUUUCAUUUUCUUCGUAGAGUGACCCGGAUCCCAAAUUAGUGCACCGCGUCCCCUCGCAUGGCUCGCUUCGCUCGCCAUGCUUCGGGCAUGGUGCCUUCGCUCCGCUACCGCUUUGCUCGGCACACUUUUCCGUUUCAAUCGUAGUCCACGUGGAUCGUUAAGUAUGAAAAAAUCCCCCCCCAAUUUUUUUUUUAAAAACUCAUGUCGACCUUUAGACCUGUCGACCUAGCACAUGUCGACCUAGAAACCCUGUCGACCUUCCAUCCAUGUCGACCUAGUGACUGUCGACCUAUAGUGGUCGACCUAAACAUUGUCGACCUAGACACUGUCGAUCUUCAGACCGGAUCCCGCUUACUUCAUGUUUGUACACAAUGCUGAUGUUUUUGCAACAGAUCGAUUAUCAACAGACUGCGUAUGUGCCACGAUCGCCUUUGUGUCCGCCCUCGCACUGACAUUUUAUACGCAGAGUGAUUGACAGAAAGGGGCCACUUGUAGGAGUUAACGUGGGAGUGGCAGCAAAAACGCAGUCGUGUUAUUGCCCAAGUGAGUAUCUGCCUGUAUCUCAUGUACGUAGGGAAACAUGACACCAGCAUUGCUACUGCUGCGGCCAUUCUGUGUAGCCAUAGGGAUACCAUCGAUGUUCCUCAUUAUUGCAUAUAGUCUGUGUAUGUUUAUGCAGUUUUGAAUAAGUUUGCAAUGGCUCCGUAGGGUGUCUAUCUUCUUUUCUGGGCGGAAGCAUGACUAUUUUUGCCUUAAUAAAAUCUAUAUUUUCAGAUUGUCUGUUUACCACGUACAUGUAAACGAAAUGAGCAUGUAAUUUUGCAUGGUAUAGUGGACAAAGGGCUUAUUAAAUAGUUCUGUUAAAAAGUUUUUAAUAUGGUUGCAAUUAAACGUUAGGUUUUAAUUUACAUAUGGUUCUUAACAAGUGUGCCAACAAAGGGUCUUUCUUUCGGGUGGUCUUCAGUAUGCCGGCGGUCUGGCACCCGGCGACCAGCAUACCGGCGCCGGGAGCCCGACAGCCGGCAUACCGACACUUAUUCUCCCUUGUGGGGGUCCACGACCACCCUGGAGGGAGAAUAAAAUAGUGUGGCGCGCGUAGCGCGCCACCGUGCCUGUAGCGUGGCGAGCGCAGCGAGCCCGCAAGGGGCUCAUUUGCGCUCGCCACACUGUCGGUAAGCCGGCAGUCGGGCUCCCGGCAUCGGUAUGCUGGUCGCCGGGAGCCCGACCGCCGGCAUAUCGUAGUGAACCCUUUCUUUCUUGUCUCUAGUACAUUGACUAUCAGCAGUAUUUUACUGUACCCUGGUGCACCACCAACUAAGUAUAACUGGCAAUAUUAGCACUUAGAAUAUUUACAGUUGGUUUCAUUAAUAUAACACUAAUUUCUGCUUUGAUUAUUCAUUGGUGCGGAAACAUUACUGUAUUAUAGUAAGCAGAAGCAUGACUUGCAAUGAUUAGCAAUUCCGCAGCCUAAGUAAUUUGCAGCUGUAUAGGCAAGUGCAUACAAACAUGAAUUAGGCCCAGUGACUUCAGCUGGAAGAAAAAAAUAUACUGCUCAUUUGUAAUGCUAUAAUUAUUUGGAUACAAAUGGAGUAAUUUUCAUAGUACAAUAGUGAAACACAAUUAUGUUGUAUAAUGUGCUAAUGGUUUAUUCAUGCAAGCAUCUUAUUUUACAAUAAAAUAUACACAUGAAGAUAAUACAA